GAAAGUGGUGACACCGCUGGGGUGCGGAGGGAGUCCCUGAAACUUCUCCCAACAGCCCCAGGGCCAAUCUUCCCUCAGCCCACUCCCCUCUUCGCCAGAUCCCUGCUCCCCACUCCCUGCACUGGGGGUGGGGUGGGGAACUGGGCCUGUCUCCCGCGGGGACACACACAGGGGCCGGGAGUGGGGACGGGACCCCCCCCCCAGGCGGGGGGCACGGACGGACAGACGUCCGUGCGGCCGCCCCAGCAGGCAGGCAGGCCGGAGGCGGGGGUACGACCGGGAGGACCUGGGCUAGGGAGUUUCCUCUCAACUAUCGGGGGAGAAACUCCCCACAGCCGGUGUUUUCCUCCCGGGGGCCGCGUUCCCCGCCCCGCGUAGCGGCGGUUGCCGCCGCCGCCGCCGGUGCCUCCACCUCUGCCAUCUCUUCACCACCUCGGGCCCCGGUGUCCCCGGCCAGCACUAUGCCCAUCUUACUGUUCCUGAUAGACACGUCUGCCUCUAUGAACCAGCGCAGCCAUCUGGGCACCACCUACCUGGACACGGCCAAAGGCGCGGUAGAGACCUUCAUGAAGCUCCGUGCCCGGGACCCUGCCAGCAGAGGAGACAGGUACAUGCUGGUCACUUUCGAAGAGCCGCCCUAUGCUAUCAAGGCUGGAUGGAAAGAAAAUCAUGCAACGUUUAUGAAUGAACUGAAAAACCUUCAGGCAGAAGGACUUACGACUCUUGGCCAAUCCCUAAGGACAGCUUUUGAUUUGUUAAAUUUAAAUAGAUUAGUAACUGGCAUAGACAACUAUGGGCAGGGAAGAAACCCUUUUUUCUUGGAGCCGGCAAUAAUUAUUACAAUCACUGAUGGGAGCAAAUUAACUACUACUAGUGGUGUCCAGGAUGAGCUUCAUUUACCUCUUAAUUCUCCUUUGCCUGGAAGUGAAUUGACCAAGGAACCUUUUCGUUGGGAUCAGAGACUAUUUGCUUUAGUAUUGCGGUUGCCUGGCACCAUGUCAGUAGAAUCAGAACAGUUGACAGGUGUGCCUUUGGAUGAUUCUGCCAUCACACCAAUGUGUGAAGUGACAGGAGGCCGCUCAUACUCUGUGUGUUCUCCAAGAAUGCUUAAUCAGUGUCUGGAAUCCUUGGUGCAGAAAGUACAAAGUGGAGUGGUAAUAAACUUUGAGAAGGCAGGACCAGAUCCUUCUCCUGUAGAAGACGGGCAGCCAGAUAUAUCAAGACCUUUUGGAUCUCAGCCUUGGCAUAGCUGUCACAAACUCAUAUAUGUCAGACCAAAUCCUAAAACCGGAGUUCCUAUAGGCCACUGGCCUGUUCCAGAGUCUUUUUGGCCGGAUCAGAAUUCUCCAACACUACCACCUCGUACGUCUCAUCCUGUAGUGAAAUUUUCAUGUACAGACUGUGAACCGAUGGUUAUUGACAAACUGCCUUUUGACAAGUAUGAAUUGGAACCUUCACCACUGACUCAGUUUAUUCUAGAAAGGAAAUCUCCUCAAACAUGUUGGCAGGUAUAUGUGAGCAAUAGUGCAAAGUAUAAUGAACUUGGUCAUCCCUUUGGUUACUUGAAAGCUAGUACAGCACUUAAUUGUGUCAACUUAUUUGUGAUGCCUUACAAUUACCCAGUCCUCCUUCCUCUCUUAGAUGACCUGUUCAAAGUGCACAAAGCAAAGCCAACACUGAAGUGGAGACAGUCCUUUGAAAGUUAUUUGAAGACAAUGCCUCCGUACUAUCUCGGGCCUCUGAAGAAAGCUGUUAGAAUGAUGGGAGCACCUAAUCUGAUAGCAGACAGUAUGGAGUACGGACUCAGCUACAGUGUCAUUUCAUACCUCAAAAAACUGAGUCAGCAGGCCAAAAUUGAAUCUGAUAGAGUCAUCGGAUCUGUAGGCAAAAAAGUAGUGCAGGAAACUGGAAUUAAAGUCCGAAGCCGGUCACAUGGUUUGUCGAUGGCACAUAGGAAAGGUUUUCAACAAAUGCUGCAGGGAAUUUCAGAGGAUGUCCCCCACAGGCUGCUCGACAUUAAUAUGAAGGAGUAUGCUGGGUUCCAGGUUGCUUUACUAAAUAAGGAUUUGAAGCCUCAGACCUUUAGAAAUGCUUAUGAUAUACCAAGACGGAAUCUUCUGGAUCAUUUAACAAGAAUGAGAUCUAAUCUUUUAAAGAGCACCCGCAAAUUUCUUAAAGGCCAGGAUGAAGAUCAAGUGCACAGUGUACCUAUAGCACAAAUGGGGAAUUACCAGGAGUACCUCAAGCAAGUACCUUCUCCACUGAGAGAACUUGAUCCUGAUCAGCCUCGAAGGUUGCAUACAUUUGGCAAUCCCUUUAAAUUGGAUAAAAAGGGUAUGAUGAUAGAUGAAGCAGAUGAAUUUGUGGCUGGACCUCAAAAUAAACACAAACGGCCUGGAGAGCCAAGCAUGCAAGGGAUCCCGAAGAGACGCCGAUGUGCCUCUCCACUCUUGAGAGGCCGGCGGCAGAGCCCUGCUGUGAAUAGUCACAUCGGAGGGAAAGGACCGCCUGCACCCAUGACUCAAGCACAGCCAGGUCUUAUUAAACCCCUUCCUCUGAAUAAAGAAGCCACUAAUGAUUCAGCAGUAGAUGAUGUGGUUGAAAAUCAUGUUGCAGACCAGCUUUCAUCAGACAUGACACCAAAUACUAUGGAUACUGAAUUUCUAACAUCUCCAGCCAAUCUAAUGGAACCAUCAACCAAUCAUACAGAAGCUCUUGGUCAUGAACAUUUAGGAAAUAAUGACCUCACUGUUGGUGGAUUUUUAGAAAAUCAUGAUGAGCCAAGAAAUAAAGAACAAAGUGCUGAAGAGAGUAUACCAGCAUCUUCACUCAGCAAGGGAAAGAAAUCGGUGCAUUGCAGAAGCCAUGAAGAGGUCAACACUGAACUAAAAGCACAAAUUAUGAAAGAGAUCCGAAAGCCAGGAAGAAAAUAUGAAAGAAUCUUCACAUUACUGAAGCAUGUGCAAGGCAGUUUACAAACAAGACUAAUAUUUUUACAGAAUGUCAUUAAGGAAGCAUCCAGGUUUAAAAAACGAAUGCUAAUAGAACAGCUGGAGAACUUCUUGGAUGAAAUUCACCGAAGAGCCAAUCAAAUCAACCAUAUUAAUAGCAAUUAAUUAAAAGAAAAUAGAAUGUGGCCACUUAUUUCACUGUCUUCUCCAAAUACAAAGUAAAUACAAGACUGUUGUAAUCUUGCAUUCAUUCUUUGACAUGCAUUGUUGGCUAUUUGAAAUACUAAAACAGUCUCCAGAUCCUCUCCAUCAUUUUACAGUGACCUUUUCAUUUUGGUUUAUUUUUGUAAUGUGAAAAGUAUCACUAAUUUUUUUUUUUUAAUUUAACAAACUAAAACUAUUCUCCAAAUCCUCUGCUUGUCAUUGGCUCUUGCGUGUCAGUUUCCCUCAGGUUAUAUUUUCUUAAACCAACCUUUAAAAUUGUCAGCUCUGUUAAGGUUGAACUUUGCCAAAAAAAAAAAAAAAAUUUAAAAAGAAGUUACUUUGUAAUUUUUGGGGAAAAAAAGCACAUACAUUAAGAACUAGGUAAUGUUUUGUAUAUACAGUUAUUUUGGAUAUAUUAUUGUAAGUUGUACAAAUGUAUUUUGAAGAAUAUUUAAGAAAAGCACUUUUGUUAUUCCAUCAAUAAAUGCUCUAUUUUACUCUUGUGUGGUUUAGGAAAUAAUCACAUUUAAAGUAACUACUUAGAAACAUUCUAAGACAAUGGAAUUUUAAAGGCCUUGCUUUUUAGCAUUGAAAAAUACACAACUUAAUAUUUGUUAAACUAUUGUAAUUAUAUGUUACAUAACCUGCAUUGUCUUUUUUACUAUAUGUUCUUAGUUUUUGUUGGCCAUGCCAACAUUCUUCUCUCUUACUUAGAUAAUGGGAAUGGUUACACCUGUGGCUGACAGACAGACACAUUUUAAAAAACAACUUUAAGAGUAGAUUACUUGAGGUAUUACUGGUUUCUUCGCACCCUUCAACCUUUCGCACAGAAUUUGGAUGACACUCAAGUCUAGCCACUAGUUAGGAUUUGGUAGGUUUAGGAUACGUCGCAUUCUGAAAUGUCUAGUAUGUAGUAAUUUGGUCCCGUGUCAUGCUUACGUGAGUCUGUGACAUGAUUCAGAGGGGAUCUCUUGGUUCUGACACUGAGACUGUUAUUUAGAAGAUGGCUGUGUUCAUUUUUUUCUCACUGAUUUGCACAGGAUAAGGAUACCUGGCACCUCCAUUCUCCAUCCUCACAGGGCUGCACACCCUACAAAGGAUGUGACCCUGUGUCCUGACUCAUGCACACCUUCAUCAAUCACUGCUGUGCCUUUUAGUGGUUUGGAGGAUCCAAUAGAAAAGAUUAGGGUUUUUAGAUUUGGAAUAAUUGUGGGGAAAAAAAACUUCCAAAAUUAUUUUUUUAAUUGAAUUAUUUUUACAUUAGUAAUAUUUGGAAAUCACAUACCUUUAAAAGAAAUUAUAAAUAUUUAUGAAGGAAAGCAUACAUAGAACAUUCUUGAGAUUUGCUAUUUUAGUCAAGGGGAUUUGAAACUCUCCCAAUAUUGAAGACAAACCCUGAAAAAUAAAAAGAAGCAUUUAAUUUGACUUGUAGUAUUUUCAUAUAACAAUUCAUUAAAAAUAUCUUACCUCUUCAAAAUACCUGGAAGUAAUUGAAGAUAUAAUUUAGAGAUGGAAUUGUUGAAGUGAUUCCCUUAGUCAAACGCUGCUACACUCAGUAGGAACUAUACAGAAUCCAGAUUGACCCUUGGUUGUGGAUUUGAUGGGUUAAGAGUGGGUCAGUGGGAACGCUGGAGUCAUUUAGAUAGAAGUUACACUUCAGUUGGAGCACCGGGGGAGCUGUCUUGGAAGGGUCCUCGUGUCAUAGAUCUUCUGCCUUUACUACAGUAUCCAUUGUGAACCCUCAAGGGAGUUGUAAAAUACCAGAUUCUUCUGUCUCUGCUCCCCCCCCCCCCCAUCUGUCUGGCAUCAUAAUCUUUACAUACUAAUACUAAAACUUAGUCUCAAAGUUUGCCGCCUAUCAAAACUAAAGCUUAAAAUUCCAUCUCAGGCCUUCGCCUUUUUUAAAAUGGUGGGCAAGUUAUUAAACUAGUGAAAUUUCUACAGAAUCCUUGUCAGCAAAGAUAAGGGUGGGGGGUAUAUUGUGAGGGUCAGUAAUUUUUAGUCUUUGAGGUCAUAGAAUGAUGCUAUGCUGGACAAGUGGUACUUUCCAAAAGGUUGGUAUUAGAGUUUAAAGGUAAUUUUCCUUAGCUUUGUCCUAUGUGUUCCAUUUGUUGAUUGAUUGGUUAAUUGGUUAUAUCAACCUAAGAUUUGUAAGCUCUAACAGUGAAGGCUGAGGGUUCUUUUUUAAGAUUAUUUUUUGUUUUAUGUCUUCAGUGUUUUGCCUACGUGUAUGUAAGUGUACCACAUGUAUGCCUGGUGUCUGGAAGCCAAAAAAGAAGGAAGUGUUAGAUCCCCUGAACUGGAGUUACAGACUGCUGUGAGUUUCCACGUGGGUGCUGGGAGCCGAGCCUUUAUAAGUGAAGAAAAUGCUCUUAACAGCUGAGCUGUCUUCCAGCCCCAGCUGAAACUUUAUAAUUCCUUCAGUAAUGUCAUCAGAACAACCACCUUCUGGAAAGAAAACGCCACAGGGACUAAGAUUUGUGGUGAAUUAGGGAACUAGUUAGACCUGUAUUUUCAUUUUGCUUAGUAGAACAGUUAAAAUUUAUACCACUGAAAUUGUGAUGUGUCUUUUCUAGUCCAACAACUUUACGUGGCUUUUAUACAGUUGAAUUUCAGGAAUCCGUUAUUUGUCGUCUUAUUGUUCUCUUUAUUGGAUAUGAGCUUUUGCAGUGUCUCUUUUGUUCAAGGUUAGUCCUCCCUCUUAGUUUGAGGGCUUAAAACUUAUCUUUUUGUUAACUUUUUUUUUUUAAAGCAUACUCUCUGCUGCCUGGUCUGAGUGAUCAGGGCCAUUUUGUCUAUUCGCAGUCACUGGGGUUGGGGUGACCAUGGUGAAGUACUAAGUGGACAUUGUCAUGAUCCCCGAGUAGAUUAUUUUCCACGGAAUGAUUACCUACAUCCUUUUUGUCAUGAAAUGUUCAUUUGAUUUCUAGCACAAGUUAUGGCAGUAUACAAAUGAUUCUCAGAUAAAAUGAUGUUGACAGUAUUUCCUUUUAACAAUCUGUGUUCAACUAUGCUAAUUUUCAUUCUAACUUUUGGUAUUUUUUUUCUUUUCCACAAAUAAAAGUAAUGCCUGAUGUUUAGUUAAA